GUAUCAGAUCCAAAAGCCUGUGGUUUGUUUUCUAAUCAUUUAUAACUCAAUGACUUGGUAUAAUUAUUUUGUAACACUGUGACUGUUUUUUCUUAUUGUAAUUUAUCUUUUUUAGUUAAGAAAGCACAUUUUAAAGAGGAUAGAUUGAUUUUUCCAGCUUCAAGGAAAUUGGAAGUAAAAAGGAUACCAUUAACAUCAUUGUAGACUGCCUUUUUAGUCUCACGAUUAACACAAGCUUUCAUCACAAAAUAUAACUUAGAUCAAACCCGAUUUAAAAUGCCAACCGAACCCAAUCAAAGUACCGGUGAAACAGACCCAUCAUCCUCUUCAUCGUCUCAGCAGGAGCAGCAACAACAACAACAACAGCCUGCAGGUCGUCGACUAGGAUUUGAAGAAAUGAUUCAUCAUGUAACCACCAAUCCGCUCUACUGUUUACUCUUUUUCACACGAAUGGCUACCCUUUUCUUUACACUUCUUCAUAUUGUUCCUUUCUUAAACAAUAAUAGUUCUCUCAGCUAUUACCAAAAGGCUCUACUUGCAAAUGGGGCGACGUCAGCCAUAAGAUUACAUCAAAGAUUACCUGCAUUUCGAUUAACUCGUGAAUUUAUGGAUCAACUAUUGGCUGAAGACUCGUGUCACUAUCUCUUUUUUUCCUUAAUAUUUUUAUCUCACAAUCCUGUCACCUUGGUUUUACUGCCUAUCGUCCUUUUUGCUUUUCUACACCUUACCAGGUCUGUUUUAACUAUUGUCGAGGAGCUUGGUGGUAAUCGCAAUCUCUCAAACUCUCUCAGUUCAUUUCAAUCUCGUUAUACUCCUGUAAUGUUACAAACAGUGGCUCUAUCUGAGAUCUUUAUCAUGCCAGUUAUAAUUUUGGCACUGAUUACCGGAAUGGGAUCAAUUGUAGCUCCUUUCCUCUAUUAUCGAUUCAUCAUUCUUCGAUAUGCCUCAAGACGUAAUCCUUACUCUGCUCAGACCUUCCGGCAACUCAGGGUAACAAUUGAAACAUUUGCCAUGAGGCCUGAGUGUCCAAAUUUCAUAAGGAAUAUAUCAUUCAAAUUGGUCGACCUAACCUGUCGUCUCGCACCUCCAAGAAUAACCGUUUCCACACCACAAUAGAAAUCUUCUUGUAUUUUUCACUGUUAUUCGAAACAAAACAAUCGAAAAGCUACAUUGUACAAUGUAUGGUUGAACAAACGUUUCUAUCUUUUUAUUUACAAGUUCAUUUUGAUCUUUUUCAUUGUUUUGAUUUUUCAAUUACUAUUCCAAAAUUCACUAAUCUCUUUUCUGUUUCUUUUUUCUCUUUUUUUCGUGAGACUUUCAUUUUAUGUAAUGUUGCCAUAGAAAACAGGUCGAUAUUAACACCAAGUCCACUGAAAGCUCGUCCUAUUUCUAUCUGUAAUUGAAAAUUGUAUUAACUUAUAAUCAAGGUCGAAAUAUACUUAUGCGAUAAGUCUUCACGCUAUGGAACCAGUGUAUCUUUUUGUUUAUAACUUUUUAAUUUAACAAUAGAAGCUUCAUAUAUUAACAGUUUAUUAUGCACACUGUCUGAAAAUUUAAUCGUUUCAUUGUCAAUAUUUGUCAUUUGUUUCAAUUUUUAUAUCUCAAGCUCACAUGAAAAAAAUAAACAGAAACAAACCUCUA